GAGCCGGCAGGAUGGGGCAGGCGGGCUGGAAGGGGUUUUUCCAGUCUGCGUUCGACUACAAGACCGAAAAGUAUGUGAUCGCCAAGAACAAGAAGGUGGGGCUGCUCUACAGACUGCUGCAGCUCACCAUCCUGCUGUACCUGGUCCUAUGGGUGUUCGUGAUAAAGAAGGGUUAUCAAGAUACUGACACCUCCCUGCAGAGUGCUGUUAUCACCAAGGUCAAGGGCGUGGCCUACACCAACACCUCGGAGCUCGGGGAGCAUCUCUGGGAUGUCGCAGACUAUGUCAUCCCACCCCAGGGAGAUAACGUCUUCUUUGUGAUCACCAACUUGAUUGUGACCGCCAACCAGCGGCAGAGCACCUGUGCUGAGCGUGAAGGCAUUCCCGAUGGCAUGUGUUCUCAGGACGAUGACUGCCGUGCUGGGGAGCCUGUUAGAGCUGGAAAUGGAGUGAAGACUGGCCACUGCCUGCGGGUGGGGAACUCAACAGAAGGCACCUGUGAGAUCUUUGCCUGGUGCCCAGUGGAGACGCAGUCCAGACCCAAGAAGCCACUCCUGAGGGAUGCUGAAGACUUCACCAUUUUCAUAAAGAACUAUAUUCGUUUCCCCAAGUUUGAUUUCUCUAAGGCCAACAUAUUGGAAACAAAGAACAAGGAUUUUCUGAAAUCCUGUCGCUUUGGCCCCAACAAUCACUACUGCCCCAUCUUCCGGCUGGGUUCUGUGGUCCAGUGGGCAGGGAGCAGUUUCCAGGACAUUGCCCUGGAGGGAGGUGUAAUAGGAAUUCAUAUUGAAUGGGACUGCAACCUUGAUAGAGCUGCCUCUGAGUGCCAUCCACACUAUUCUUUUAACCGUCUGGACAACAAACAUGCCAAAUCAAUCUCCUCCGGGUACAACUUCAGGUUUGCCAGAUACUACCGAGACUCGGCUGGGGUGGAGUUCCGCAACCUGAUGAAAGCCUACGGGAUCCGCAUUGAUGUGAUAGUGAAUGGCAAGGCAGGGAAGUUCAGCAUCAUCCCCACCAUCAUCAAUGUGGGCUCCGGGGUGGCGCUCAUGGGUGCUGGGGCUUUCUUCUGUGACCUGGUCCUCAUCUACAUCAUCAAAAAGAGGGAGUUUUACCGCGACAAAAAGUACGAGGAAGUGAGGGGCCGAGGGCAUGUGGCCCGGGAGACGGAGGCCGAGGCCGAGGCGAUGGAGCGGGAACAGAGAGAAGAAGGGCUGCCGGAGGAGCACGGGCAGGAGGAGCAGCCCCAGGCCCCACCGAGCAGAGGCCGGAAGGGGAACGGCGACGUGUGUGGGAAGCUCACCCAUUCCGCCAGGACGGGUAUCCAAAAGAAUGCAAAGGUGAAUGUGCAGCAACUGAAGACACUACAGACAGUGGGGACGUUGCCAGAGCUGUUGGCGGAGAGCAGAUUCAAAGAUGAUGGGGCCAAAACUGUCUGCAGCUCUGAACUGGGAAGAUAAAUCCUCAUGCCUGCAUGGGCUGGGGCUUCUGGGAACAGCCAUCUCUCCUGCACUUUGGGAUCCUGCUAUAACCUUUUUCUGUAAGGAGGGGAGCCUCCUGGUAGCCAGCGUGGCCCAGAUCCAGAGGAAGAAGCCCUGGGGCUGGCAGCCAGGGAAGAGAGCAGGCCAGGGGCCUGAGUGGUACUACAGUGUCUUAAUUUUUCCAGAGAACCUGAUUGGACGUUCACUUACUCAUCCAUGCAGUAAACACUGAUGCAUGUUUCAGGCUAAUGCUGGACCCUAUCUAAGAGAUAUUUUAAUAGGACGCUGACCUAGCCUGCAGGAAGGGGGACUCACAUAACUCCCUUCAAAACCAACAGAGACAUCACAACCAGGUCUGACCACUCUGGCUUUCUUUUGGCCUCUAUCCGAGACUUUUACAAGUUCCUGUAGAGAUUGCUGGUUGCUCAGAAAAAGCUGUGGACAAUAUCAAGGGGACGUCUGGUCUUGCCCCAGGGAUAAAAGUUAAAGGUGGCCAAGGAGGCAACUGGAAAAGGACUGGACUGGUAAGGAAGCAGCUGGCUCCUAAGGGGAGAGGCCAACUCCAAGGGCUUCCAGGCAAGGGGAACAGGGAAGGCUCAGCUCCAUUCCAGCUUCCAUCCUGACCUUUUAAUCAGUGCAUUUACCUGUGUCGUUUUGCUCUUGUUCUCUGGGGCUGGGCGAUACUGUCAGCCCCCUAUCUCAUCUCACCAAGUCAGAUCUUGCAUUCUCCUAAGAUCCUGAGGUGAUUUGAGGGGUAUGGAGAACAUUGUUUGAGGAGCCCUGGUUCUGAGGGGGGAAAAAGCCAUCUUUAGGUGCAAAGGACUCAGUUUCGAGGUAGGCGUUACACACACACACAGCCUUGAGACCAGGAGGAUCCCUCCGCCACCCCUACACCCAACCCGAAAGCAGCAUUAUGUUUGAUGUAUUUGAAUUAAAAUAUUUUGACUAGGUGAUACUUAUAUGAUUCAAAAUUUAAAA